ACAAAGGCCUGAAACGUUAUUGGCUCUGACCAGAAUCAGAAGGAGGGGACUGUGACAAUGAAUGUGCUGAGACACAUGUUUACAAGAAUGGAGCAGGGAGGAAGAAUGGAGCUGCACGGGAUCAAUGAAAACUAUGGUGCUUCAUUAGAACAGAAUGACGGUGAAGAAAGUUAAUGAAAGUGAGUCCAGGAGGACACCGUGAGCCUGCGAGUCACAGGACGAACGUGUAAAGCAGAUGUUAAAUGAGUAAUCGCAGGAGUCGGUAGCUUCUGUCUCUGACUUUACUGUACUCUACCAAGUACUUUCCCUGCUCCUAUCACACUGAGGCAAGGGGAGGAAAGCUAUCAUGAGUACUGUUAAGGCAAACUGUGAAGAUCACUUCUCAGCGAUGAGUAGCACUCAGCUGCUGAACACUUCGCCCGAAGAGUCUGUGUUUGCUCCACAGCCUUCCCAGAGGAUUUCACCCACUGUGUUGACAGUCCCCUGUGGGGUCUUUGGUCCCUUGCCGCCGCCUCCUGCAGUCUGGCCUCCACUAGACUUCGCCCUGGGCGCUCUUGCCUGCUGCGCAGCCUGUGUGUUCACCAAUCCUCUGGAGGUGGUGAAAACCCGUCUGCAGCUACAGGGGGAGCUUUGUGCUCGAGGAUCCUACCAGAGACACUACCGCGGGGUCCUGCAGGCGCUCUGGGUGGUGGGCCGCACGGAUGGGCUACGGGGCCUGCAGAAGGGGCUCUCAGCCGGGCUCAUCUACCAGGGUGUGAUGAACGGCGUGAGGCUGGGCUCGUACUCCUACUGUGAAGCUCUGGGGAUCACCUCUUUCCAUGGGGGGAGUCUGCUGUCAGGGGCAGGUGCUGGAGCUCUGGGUGCCUUCAUAGCUUCUCCUGCCUAUCUGGUAAAAACCCAUCUGCAGGCUCAGACUGUGGCAGCCAUUGCAGUAGGUCACCAGCAUAACCACCUGGGAGUGUCUGAUGCCUUUGUUACCAUCUAUCGAAAAGAAGGUUUAAUUGGUCUUUGGAGGGGUGUGAAUGGGGCUGUGCCUCGAGUCAUGGUGGGAUCAGCUGCUCAGCUGGCAACCUUCACCUCAGCUAAGGAAUGGGUGUCACAUUCUCAGUGGUUCAGUCCAAACAGCUGGCUCGCAGUCUUGAUGGCAGCUGCAGUCAGUGGAGUUGCUGUGGCCAUUACCAUGACACCAUUUGAUGUCAUUAGUACUCGGCUCUACAACCAGCCGGUGGAUGAGUUGCGUAAGGGGCGUCUGUAUCAUGGAUUUUCAGACUGCAUGCUGAAGGUGUGCAGAGCAGAGGGCCUGCUGGGUUUGUAUAAAGGCAUGGGCCCCGUGUUCCUGCGACUGGCCCCGCACACGGUGCUCAGCAUGCUGUUCUGGGAUCUGAUGAGGCAACAAACAGUGAAGGAUAAGUAGAGCUGAAGCACCCAUACUUGCACACUGAAAGCACAACUGGGCUCUGCUACAGCUGUUAGAGUGCUCUCUCAGUUAAUGAAGCACUGAAUUUAAAGCAACUGUGUGACAUUUUGGGAAGUAUACUUAUUUACUUUUCUUUCCGAGAGUGAAAUGAGAUGGUUCAUGGACGUUUUUUUUGGUUAAUAUGAAGCUAGCAUCUGGUUAACUUAUCUUAGCAUAAAAACAGGUAGUUUAGCUCUGGGCAAAGUUAAUAAAAUAGUAAAUGGUAACUCAUAAGAAGCAUAAUAAUUGCAUAUAAAAUAACAAACUGUUGUUUCAACACUUUUUAUUAAACACGCAGACCUAAUAUAAAAUGCUGGUAAACUUUAGAGGUACUGAUAGCUGCUGGUAGCUCUGACAAGCUAGCUGUUGCCUUUCAUUAUUAGUCUUUAUGCUAAGCUAAGCACAUGCCUGCUGGCUGUGGCUUUAUAUUUAACCAACGGACACUGGGUGCCAUAUCAAACAUCUCAUCUUACUCUUUUCCAGAAAGAAACAUGAACAAAAUGUCAAACUAUUGCUUUAAGUACAAGCUUUUCUCUCCCAUCUAGCACAGAAAAUGAAUACUUGAAGCACUUAAUCAAGGCUGGCAUGUUAUGCACAUACUGGAAGACAUCUUUCUCUAAAAAUAUGUCUCGAGUGUAUACAUUUUUUGAUUAGGGUUUCUUUAUACCUCAAGCUUAAGUCUCGCAGGAAUUUGCUUGUUAACUCAUAAGUGUGUGAGUGCGGUCAACACGAAGAACAAGUCAUCAUCAUUAAAGCAAACAAUUGUUUGCCAUGUUUAUUACACUGUCUAGAUACCUUGUCUGUUGUAUUAAAAAAAACAACCUGAUGGGAUUUUCCUUUUUUAAAUUCACUGACUUGAACUGAUGUAACUAAAGCCAAGAAUGACAUUUGUAAUUUCAAUUUUGUAUGUGCAGAAAUUUAACCUACUGGUACUUAAAACUUUAACAGCAGUGAACAGUCCUAAUAAAGUUUUUUUGUAAGAAA